AGUAUGGAAGCCAGAAGUAACUUCCAGGUCCUGCUGUCACUGACACCUCUCAGUGUCCUCUGCUCACAAACACUAGCAUUAACUCUUGAAACAUAUUCUACCAUGAGUAGGCUGGGCAAUGGUAUACUGUUUGAUGGUCCCAAUGAAUCUGAUCAAAAUCUAGGUUUCUUAAAGGCGAAAAAUGAUCAUCUGGAAAGUUCAUUACCUGAAAAUGAUUUGUCUUUUUGGGAUGCCCCCAGAUCAUUGAACAGAAAUAGAAGACAUGGUGAGGGAACAUUCACCAGUGAUGUUCCCAAUUAUUUGGAGGAAAAGGCUGCUAAAGAAUUCAUGUAG